GACGGACGGACGACCCUCUCCGCUCCUCCGCCGCCAACGAACGCGAGGAACAGUACGAGCUGCACCGAGCGCAGAGCGGACGCACGGGCGGACGAGUCUCCGGUAACAAACAACGGCGACGAGGCAAAAUCCACGGUCCCCGGCGAGCUGAAGGUUGAAAAUGGAGCUGGCCAACCAUGGUCUUAUCCUGCUGCAGCAGCUUAACGCACAGAGGGAGUUUGGCUUCCUGUGUGAUUGCACAGUGGCCAUCGGAGAUGUCUUUUUCAAAGCCCAUAAAGCAGUCCUUGCUGCAUUCUCCAACUACUUCAGGAUGCUCUUUAUUCAUCAGGACAGUGACUGUGUGCGCCUAAAAGCUGCCGAUAUCCAGCCAGACAUCUUCAGCUACCUCCUGAAUCUGAUGUACACAGGCAAACUGGCGCCGCAGCUGAUCGACCCCUCACGGCUGGAGCAGGGGGUCAGAUUCCUGCAUGCCUAUCCACUUCUACAGGAGGCAAGCCAGAUGUAUUCAGAACACAGCGUCAACCUGUCCACCUCACUCUAUGGCAUUCAGAUCUCUGACCAGCAGGGGGGGCUGUCUUCUCGGCUGUCCACUCAGCGACAGCUCUCCUCACCUUUUGAAAUGGAGCAGCCCAGCUCUGAAGGAAAGUACGAGUCCACGCAAGCAGCAUCUGCAGCGUUCCCAAGUUCUUUUCCUUCCAAGUUUGCUUUGUCUCCUCCAGAGACAGAGAGUUCUGUCAACAGAACAGACGCUGCAGUGGAGGAGGGAAGAACUGACUUGAACAAUUCAGACGGUUCCUCAACCAUUCUCCAUGUAAAGCCUAGUAUUAUGAAGAGAAACGCAUCGUUUAGGAAACAUUACUCGUGUCAUUUAUGCAGAAGUCGAUUCACUCAGAGAAGUCUUCUAAGAGAGCACCUAUUGCAGCACACCCAGACUCUUCACCAGUCCAGUGCUGAAGUCUGCACUGUUCAAUCUCCUGUCACCACAGAGGAGUGCACGAUGGAGACGGAAGGGGGAGCUAGAGGGGCUGCUGCUCCUGCUACAGUGGAGAUCAUUAGUGACAGCGAGCAAACGCCUGUAUCAGGCACAAACUCUGACUCUCCCCGGGCUGAGGUGUCCACCUCCAGUUGGGGACUGGGGGGGCUGAUUUCUCAGGCGGACACCCCACCUCCAUCGGACAUUGCAGACAUUGAUAACCUGGAGAGUGUGGAUAUUGACCGAGAAGUAAAGCGAAGGAAAUACGAGUGCUCCACAUGUGGACGCAAGUUCAUCCAGAAGAGUCACUGGCGUGAGCAUAUGUACAUUCACACAGGCAAACCCUUCAAAUGCAGUGCCUGUGGGAAGAGCUUCUGCCGCGCUAACCAGGCAGCACGCCAUGUGUGCUUGAAUCAGUCGGCCGAUAGCUACACUAUAGUGGACCGCCAAAGUAUGGAGCUGUGUGGAGGGGAUGAUCCAAGCCAAAUGGAAGCUAUGUUUAUGGCAUCAUCAAAGCCCUACAAAUGUAAUAUAUGUGCAACCACUUUCUCCAGUCCCACUGAGGUGAUCAAACACCUGUGCUUUGCACAAGGAGGGGUAGUGGGGCUGCAGGAAAACGUUGGAGGCGGAGCAGACCUGCAGCACGAAGAGGUCUCCAAAGAUGAAGGCUCUGACUUGUCCAAUUCUGGCAUCCCACUAGAAGCCAUAAAGAGUGAGGACAUCCUUGUGGAGUAGUGCCAAAAUAUCGAUUUCUCCUUGAGAUGUUUAUUUUCUAAUGUCUAUUGGCUGAUAUUUAUCAGCAAGUGUGGACAGGGUAGAAACAUCAGGCCACCCCUAAUUUUGUUAUGAAAGCAAUAGCUUACAUUUUUUAAACAGACAAAUUAACCGAAUGCACUGGUCUCACUGUUGAUGUUGAACCAAAUUGAAUAACAUUUUAUGCCAACAGUCUGGAGUGAGAGUUUUAGGGGCUGAGAAAGAGGAAACAGACACUUCCUGCAGUAACAUGGUGUGAAAUGAGCCGACUGUACGGACAAACAGGUUAAUAAUACAAAAGUAAAUAAUUAUCUCCAUCUUAACAUGCAAACUUGAGACAAUCUAUGUCUUUUGUGAAAUUAUUCAAAUUGUCUUCCUCAUUUUGGUUUCAAGUAGAAUUUCUUCAUAAAUGUUAAAUCUGCUGAAGGAAAUUCUUCAUUGUAUUUUCCCCAUCUCCAAUUUCAGUCAGCACAUCAUUAUCUGAUAUGCAUUCUGGCAAUUUUUGCAUGGAAAGAUUCAACAUCAACUUUGGAAAAUUGCCUUGUUAAAUUGAUAAAUUAAUUUGAAAAACAUAGAUAAUACCUUAUAGAUAAUACUUAACUGAUAUUGAUAAAAUUAUAUUCUUCCCUUGAGUUUUUCAUAAGCUAUAAACAGGAAAUAUACUACUGAUCACUUAAAAGGGUAUGGUAGUUUUUAAUAUCUUUAGUUAUGGCUAAUCUAAAUGUUGGGGGAAAAGACUAGCACUGAGCAUCCCCUCUAUCAUUUAUUAUUGAAAAGUGGGGACUAAUCUAGUAUGUAUCUAGUUUAGACAUACUAACAUUGCAUUACUUUUACUAGUUGCUUUUUAUACCAAAGCUUUGAAUUGCCUUUAUAUAAAUGGUUACUCAUGACUAACCCAAAAUUAUGUUUUCCUCAACUUCCAGUUUAAAAGUGUGAUUUAAUUUGCAUGAGAGUUCAUUUUGAGCAUACUGGAAAGCACAAUAAUCUGGCUUCCAUAUACAUUUAUAUUGAAGUAGAUAGAUGGCGCUCUUUACUGUAAAACUCUUUUCCAUGUAAGCGCGGAGCCCACUUCACAGAUCCCAAGUAUGUGUGACCUGGGUGACUUUUGAUUUGUGCUCUUCCAAUGUUGUCACCCAGUUCAAAAGUAAUUCAAUUCAGUUAUGUACUACUGAUAUUCAGCUUAUGCCUUUAUUUUAUUUUUUUAAUUGUCCAUCAGUUUGGUAACAUUGGUUGUAUAUUUGUGCAUUGAACCAUCAAAGUAUCUCAGGAAAAAAGCUAUAUGUUUUUACUAUUGUUAAUAAAAAAUAAAUCUUAAACAUCCA